CGUCUAGGGAAUAACGUGCGUACUUCGUGAAAAUCAUUUGAUGAGGAACUGUAUGCAGUCAAUGACAAUGAAAAUAUAAGUAAAAAAGAAAAAACCAUGAUAUGUUUUAACUUUUUUUUGCUAAUGCUUCUUCUGUUAAUUCAAUUUUAUGUUGGUGAUACACAAACUGAUAUGAAAAAUAAUUCGACAACAGUACCUACCUUAUGUAAUCAAUGCUUGGAGUCCGAUUCGUGUCAAUCUAAUUUGACUUCAGAUAUUUACCAUUGUGAUGAAAAAUACUGUAUACCAAAAUCAUUAGUUUGCAACGGUAUACCUGACUGUCUUCGAGCCCAAGAUGAAGCUGUAUCUGAAUGUGGUUGUCUACAAAAUGAGUUCCGAUGUAUGAACAAAUGUAUUGAACUGGUGAAACGAUGUGAUAAAAUUGCUGAUUGUGAUGAAGGAGAAGAUGAAAUUAAUUGCAAAACACACGUUUGUCCAACUACACAUUUUAAAUGCGCAAAUUAUUUUUGUAUACCCACUGAUAAAACAUGUGAUUUCAAAGACGAUUGUGGUGAUGGAUCGGAUGAACUUCAAUGCAAGCAUAGAGAAUGCUGGCAUGGAGAAUUUAAGUGUAAAAAUUCGGAAUGUAUUCGUCCUGGAUAUCUAUGUGAUGGUGAAGUUAAUUGUGUAGAUGGUUCCGAUGAAGAAAAUUGUAAAACAAGCGAUUUUAUUAAGUGCGGUGGUAGUAAUUUGGUGCACUCAACGUUUUGGUGUGACGGAUGGCCAGAAUGUAUUGAUAAUCAUGCUGACGAAUUAUUAUGUAACAUAACGUGUUCAGAAAAUCAAUUUCAGUGUCCAAACGGAAGAUGUAUAAACGACGCUAAUGUAUGUGAUGGACAAUGCGAUUGCUUACUAAGUAUCGAUGGAAACUGUGCUGACGAGAUUAAUUGUACAGCGUUCUAUAAUAAAAUCGAUGAUGUAAUUGUGUGCACAACAGGAUCAACGCUCAGUUGUUGGAUGCCUGAAGGAAAUCCUUCGCGUUGCAUACGUCAAAAAUACAUUUGUGACGGUCAAAAUGACUGCUUUAAUGGAUUUUCCAUUUCAGAUGAAUUCGGCUGCGAUAAGCCAAAUUCGCUUUUAAAUGAUGAAUUUUUUAAGUGUAAGGAUGGUAGAUGGUUGCCAUUUAAACAUCGUUGUAACUUUAAAGCAGAAUGCUUAGAUGGUGAUGAUGAAAUGGAUUGCGAAGUUUCGUUAUCUUGUGAUAAAGAUCAGUUCCGAUGUGUUAGUGGUGAAUGUGUAAAAUUUGAGAAUCGCUGCGACGGCCGUACCGACUGUUGGGAUAAGAGUGACGAAAUUGGAUGUGCUGCUGUGCCAUGUCCAAGCGAAAAUUGGUUGAGAUGCGAGAUCGGUAAACAGUGUGUGCCAAUGGAAAAAUGGUGUGAUUAUAGAGUUGACUGUAUGGACGGUUCUGACGAGAAAAAUUGCGAUUAUAGAUCAUGCAAAAUUGACGAGUUUCAAUGUGAUAGCGGUCAAUGUAUUCCGUUAGAGUAUAAAUGUAAAAAAUAUCGAGAAGAACUAAUAGGUUGUGUAGACAAAUCACACCUAAGAAAUUGUGUCGAUUUUAAAUGCGCUGAAAAUGAAUUUAAAUGUUAUCGAGGGCCUUGUAUACAUCAAUCUAUGGUGUGCGAUGGGCAAUUAGAUUGUGAUUUGACUUGGGACGAUGAAGACAAUAAUUGUUAUUUCAUGUGUUCGAAUUUAGCAUCUAGCUGCCAGUGCCAAGAUGUCCAUAUAAAUUGUACUGGUCACGGUCUUGACCAGUUUCCGUACGACGUCGAAAAAGAAAUCACCUUCUUCCAUUUGGGUGGUAAUAAUUUUUCCGAAGGCCUUCAUGAAAAUACUUUUCAACAUUUGGAUCGCUUGGUUUAUUUAGACCUGAUGAAUAACUCAAUAAAACAUUUGCAGCCAUUUUUGUUUUCUACGCUUUGGCGUUUGAAAACAUUAAACUUACAAAAUAACCAAAUAACAAUUUUGCGAAAUUGUUCAUUUAUGGGACUCGGUCAACUAACGGGAUUACACUUACAAGGAAACAAUAUUUACAAGUUGAGCUCAAUGGCAUUUCAAGGGUUGUCUUCUUUAAUUACGCUUGACUUGAGCAAUCAGAACAUUACAGAUAUAGAAUCGGAAGCCUUUGUUGGUCUUAGAUCGUUAAAAAGUUUAGACCUAUCAGAUAACUCACUUACUCAUAUACGAGAUGGCACGUUUCGUGGGAUGCCUCAAGUUGUAUUUCUAAACCUUAAGAAUAAUCAAUUGAGAGUCAUAGACAAGAAUGUUUUUUUCACUAUGCCAUUACUCGAAACACUGUUUACCGACGAGUUUCGUUUCUGUUGCUUGGCCCGGUACGUAAAACAAUGCGAACCGCUGCCUGAUGAAUUUAGCUCGUGCGAAGACCUGAUGUCCAACAUCGUAUUGCGAGUAUGCAUUUGGAUAUUAGCUGUAGUUGCGAUCACUGCUAAUUUGUUAGUGAUUGUGUUCCGGGCCAAAUAUAAGCACACCAACCAGGUACACUCGUUCCUCAUUGUAAACUUGGCGUUAGGAGACUUCCUGAUGGGUUCAUAUCUGCUGGUGAUAGCUGUUGUUGACUGGUACUAUCGUGGCGUGUACUUCAUCCAUGACUCGGACUGGCGACAAAGUUCCAUGUGCAACGUGGCUGGUUUUAUAAGCACAUUUUCCAGCGAGCUUUCUGUGUUCACGUUGACCGUGAUCACUCUGGAAAGGUUAUUGGUAAUCAUAUUUCCGUUCAAAGUCCGACGCUUGGAAAUGGAUUUUACACGUAUACUAAUGGCUGUGUGUUGGUUACUAGCAAUAAUUAUAUCUGCUAUUCCACUAUUCAACAUUCAUUACUUCAGAAAUUUUUACGGACGGUCUGGUGUGUGUUUAGCUUUGCACAUUACUCCAGACAAGCCCAACGGUUGGGAGUAUUCUGUAUUCAUAUUUCUAUUUGUUAAUCUGGGUUCGCUGUUGUUGAUAUCUGGAAGCUACCUUUGGAUGUUUUUCGUUGCUAAGAUGACUCAUCGUGCCACAGAAACCCUAAUCCGACACCGGUCGCUCAGUGAGUCUGCAAUGGCUUGGCGGAUGAGUCUAUUGGUGGCUACGGACGCCGCAUGUUGGGUGCCCAUCAUAGGGUUAGGAUUAUGGUCUUUGGCUGGAUUCACCGUGCCUCCACAAGUGUUCGCUUGGGUAGCUGUUUUUGUGUUGCCUCUGAAUGCGGCGGUAAACCCUGUGCUUUAUACACUGUCUGCGGUUCCGAUUAUCCGUCGUAGUGUAGUGUCAAACAGAAGAGCGGUGUCGCUCAGACGAUCUGUGACUAAUGACCCAAAUCGCACAAUGUCCACAACCAUGAUACCUCCUACUGUCCAAUAUAAUGGCGAUAAAGUGACUUUUUCAUUAAUAACGAAAAUCCCACAUAGAGGUCCGGAAAUCGUCGAGACAGAAAUGACUACAAAUGGCCAAUCGAUCACAUUUGGAAAAAUGAUAUAAAUAAUUAUAAAUUAGGUAGUAUCUUUAAAGUAACUUGAGGAAUCAAUACAAGUGUAAUGUUUAUCUAUAUAGAUUCUGUUAGAAAUUUAUACAUAAUAAUUAUUCUAUGUUGAAAAUUUAAAAUAUUUUUACUCAUUAUACAUCCUUUUGCUCAAAUGUUCAUAUAUAAUACACUAGAGACAAUGUUACGCACAAAGUAAACAUGUGCACUGCGUAACUGUUAUUUAAUUUCUAUAUGGUAUAUUCGAGUUAAGCUUACUCAUUUUCAUGUAUAUCUAUUGACUCUACUACAUAGAUAUAUGAAAAUAUUAGAGAGCCUAUUCCUACUAUGUAAAAAUUAUGAAAUCAACGAAAUGGUCAACAUUUUCUUAUCAAAGA